GGCGUUCAGUUCAGUUGACUGAGCCUGUAGGAGGCAGAUGUCUGUUUCUUUUUUUUAAAUAUAUAACAUUUAUGGUAUAGUACUAACUAUUAGCACAAUAAUAAACAACUGGAGUAAAUAUUUACUAGUUAAAAUUAGCCCUUUAAAUAAGGUAUAAAUUCUUUUAUUUAAAUUCAUAUUAAAAAGGCAAGUUGAAAAUGUCUAGAAGAAGACAUAAAGUCAACAAAAAUAUGAAAUCAGAUAACUCCCGAACCAAAACCAGUGUUAAAAGAGGAAGCAAAUUUGGCAAACAAAACAAGAAUAACGAAAGAAUUUGCUUCAAAUUUUUUUCCUUGUCAGAUUUCUUAAUCCACGAAUCUAAAUACAAGAAUCUACUAACUGCGGAACAAACUAAUAUAUUUCAAGAUGAAGAUCAUAUACAUCCUUUGGAUCCAAUUUUAAUUAACACUUAUAAAGAUUUAUUAAAGUUACCUGUUUUUAUAAAAGACCAAAAUAAAUUUGAUCGUGAUAUUGAAUACGAUAUUCAACCAAUUAUAAAAAAUAUUAAAAAAGAGAUAGAUUAUUCCAUUGAGAAUGAAGAAGAAGGUCUAGAAAAUUAUGAUAAUGAUAGCAAGACUCAGAUACAAUCUCCUGGUGAACAAACUUGCCUUCAAAGGUUUUUAGAAUCUGAGAUAAAAAUAGAGUAUAAUACUAAUGCACCAGAUGAAAAUAAUUAUUUUUUUAACAGUUUGUAUAACAAUACUAGAGCAAAUGAAUGUAUUAAAACAGAAGCUUUUUCUGACGAUGAUAAAAAUAAUUAUGACGAAAUAACAUCCGAGUCCAACUUGCUACAUAUACCUGACAUUAAAAAUGAUUCAACAAUAAAAAUAAUAAAUAAAUAUCAUUUAGAGACUAAUUCUUGCAAUUUUCACAAGAUACCCUAUUGUUAUUCGGAAUCUGAUUCAAAUACUUUGGAAAUGAAAUAUGCAAAUAAUGUUGUUAUUCAAACAAACCAUGAUUCGGACAUAAAAGAACAUAGAGACAUUUCAAAACAAAUUUCUAAUGAUUAUGAUUGUAAAGAAAUUAAGAAAGAACCAGAUUGUAGUGAUAAUGGAUUACAUGGGCAAAUUGAACUUAAAUGCAAAUCAGAAAGUGUAUAUAAACUUCCAAUCAUUACUGAAUGUUACUCGAUUGAAGUAUCAAAAUGUGUAAGCAAUAAAAUAAUUUCCGAUGAACAAAGCAAUAAUAGAAAGUUUCUUGAAUCGGAAUUGAAUGCAACAGACUAUAAAACACAUCCAAUUCAAAAAGCGACUGAUCACAAUUCUGCUAAUGAAAGAUGUAUUAAUAUACAUAAAAAUUCUAACAUAAAUCAGAAUAGCGUAAUCAAAAGAAAGGAUGCUGUUUAUAAAAGUCAUUUCUAUGACAAACGAUAUAAAGAAUUUGUUAGAAAAUUUAAUAAUUUACGUUCAAAUGGUUUUGUUUCCAAGAAAAAACUGUCUGAUGAGAAAGUAAACAGAAUGAGACCAAUUAGGGAGAAUAUUCACAAAGAAACACUCAGUUUAAAUUCAUCAUAUAGAUGUGAUACAUGUGAAAGUGUUUUUAGCAAAGAAUUUUUAUUAAAUAUUCACAUUGAAUCACAUAACACUGUAAAGCCUUUCAAAUGUAUAAUUUGUAACAAAUGUUUUGUACGGGAAGAAUUACUUAUCAACCAUUACAAUAUACAUACAGAUGGAAAUAAAUAUGAAUGUGAUCUUUGCUAUAAAAUAAUUGUUGGAAAACCUGCACUAGAGUCUCAUAUCAGUACUCAUUCUUCAAGUAAAACAUAGAAAUGUGAGAUAUUUGACAAAGUUCUUUCAAUAUUAGUCAUCAUCCCGGUGAACCACUCGAUGAAAGCAGUAAAUUGAAUAUGGUUUGCGAGUGCAAUAUUAGAACAUUUCUAUGAGAUAAACAUCUCGAAGAUGUUAAUUUGGGUUGAGCAUGCCAAUCAAAUUAUAAACUGAAAUUUGCAUAAUAAAAUAUGCACAUGGGAAUUAGAAGCAUAUAGUUGGGCUUUGGAGUAAUGUGAUAAAAUCAAAUGUAGGCGUUGAGUUUAUAAUAUUUAGUAAUAUUUAAUAGUAGGCCAAUUGUACUGUUUAAUAAUAUCGAAGCAAGUGACAGUAUAUUUUGAUUAUGGGAAAUUCACUGCCUAAAUUAUUUAAUAUAUUUAUAACACAUGACUGAUUUAUUUGUAAAUGUUUGUAUAUACACACUAAUUUUAGAAAACCAUUCAAUG